GAACAGCUGAUGAUGAUAAACCAUGGAAUAUUCUUAUCUGCUGCAGGACUGACCCUUCUAUGGUGGCUACACCUUCUAGGAGCAUGCUGCCACUGAUGCUACUGGACUUUCUUUGUGAAUGAUAUCAUACGUAUGUGUACUAGUAUGUAGAAAUUUUGAACUUAUCAGCCCUGUUGAUCUAUUUCAGAUCCUAGUGUUCUCCAGAAUCUUCAAGCCAGUGAAGUCACAACUUCAAGUGUAUAUGUCCGAUGGACCCAGCCAUUAGGUGGACCUGCAAAUUAUACAGUGAUAGUAUAUGGAAACCCAGCAUCAAUGUACAGUCUUAACUCAUCAACCACAGCCGUCAAUCUAACCAGCCUCACUCCUGGCAACUUAUAUGUCAUUGAGGUCUCAGCCAAUGAUGUGCCUUUUAACAUAACUUUAAACACAGAACCUGGAAAAGUUCAGAAUCUUACAACAUCUAAUUUUACGACAACUUCUAUAACUUUAACAUGGCAACAACCUGUAGGGAAUGUAUCUCAUUAUGUUGUUCAAAUGGUUGGAAGUUCAUCCUCCAAUACCACCACACAGACAACUUAUAUGUUUGAAAGCCUGACACCUGGAAAUAAUUACACGUUUUUGGUCUACUCUGUUGUUAGUAAUAAAAGUGGGCAACAAGAAACCAUACCUUCCUACACAAAACCUGCAACAAUCAAGAACCUGAAAUCAGAAAGUGCUACAAUAAAUUCUAUAUCUUUGAGCUGGCAGCAACCCGAUGGAAUUGUUGAUCACUAUAAGAUUGUGAAUUCGAAUACAUCCUCAACUAUUACAACCUCUUCCACCACUGCUGUGAUUGGUUCCCUGACACCUGGAAAUCCUUACAGUUUCUGGAUCUAUGCAGUUAUUGGAAGUGACAUAGAAGGAGAUGGCACAAACAUAAUUGUCUAUACAAUACCUGAAAUAGUGAAGAACCUGAACACAGAGAAUAUCACCACCACUUCUAUAUCUCUGAGAUGGGAUAAACCAAAUGGAAAUGCCAGCUUUUAUUUCAUUCAGAUCCUGGGAGAGCCAACUUUUAAUAAGAAUGUAACUACAACUUCUGAGAUUAUUGAAGGCCUGACACCUGGAAAUUAUUACACCUUUCUUGUCUCUACCUUUGUUGAUAAUAUCCAAGGAAACAGCUCAGCAAUAGCUAACUAUACAAUACCUGAAAUGGUGAAGAACCUGAACACAGAGAAUAUCACCACCACUUCUAUAUCUCUGAGAUGGGACAAACCAAUUGGAAAUGCCAGCUUUUAUUUCAUUCAGGUCCUGGGAGAGCCAACUUUCAAUAAGAAUGUAACUACAACUUCUGACAUUAUUGAAGGCCUGACACCUGGAAAUUAUUACACCUUUCUUGUCUCUACCUUUAUUGAUAAUAUCCAAGGAAACAGCUCAGUAAUAGCUAACUAUACAAUACCUGAAAUGGUGAAGAACCUGAACACAGAGAAUAUCACCACCACUUCUAUAUCUCUGAGAUGGGACAAACCAAUUGGAAAUGCCAGCUUUUAUUUCAUCCAGGUCCUGGGAGAUCCAGCUUUCAAUAAGAAUGUAACAACAACUUCUGACAUUAUUGAAGGCCUGACACCUGGAAAUUAUUACACCUUUCUUGUCUCUACGUUUGUUGAUAAUAUCCAAGGAAACAGCUCAGCAAUAGCUAACUAUACAAUACCUGAAAUGGUGAAGAACCUGAACACAGAGAAUAUCACCACUACUUCUAUAUCUCUGAGAUGGGACAAACCAAUUGGAAAUGCCAGCUUUUAUUUAAUUCAGGUCGUGGGAGAUCCAGCUUUCAAUAAAAAUGUAACUACAACUUCUGACAUUAUUGAAGGCCUGACACCUGGAAAUUAUUACACCUUUCUUGUCUCUACCUUUGUUGAUAAUAUCCAAGGAAACAGCUCAGCAAUAGCUAACUAUACAAUACCUGAAAUGGUGAAGAACCUGAACACAGAGAAUAUCACCACCACUUCUAUAUCUCUGAGAUGGGACAAACCAAUUGGAAAUGCCAGCUUUUAUUUCAUCCAGGUCCUGGGAGAUCCAGCUUUCAAUAAGAAUGUAACUACAACUUCUGACAUUAUUGAAGGCCUGACACCUGGAAAUUAUUACACCUUUCUUGUCUCUACGUUUGUUGAUAAUAUCCAAGGAAACAGCUCAGCAAUAGCUAACUAUACAAUACCUGAAAUGGUGAAGAACCUGAACACAGAGAAUAUCACCACUACUUCUAUAUCUCUGAGAUGGGACAAACCAAUUGGAAAUGCCAGCUUUUAUUUAAUUCAGGUCGUGGGAGAUCCAGCUUUCAAUAAAAAUGUAACUACAACUUCUGACAUUAUUGAAGGCCUGACACCUGGAAAUUAUUACACCUUUCUUGUCUCUACCUUUGUUGAUAAUAUCCAAGGAAACAGCUCAGCAAUAGCUAACUAUACAAUACCUGAAAUGGUGAAGAACCUGAACACAGAGAAUAUCACCACCACUUCUAUAUCUCUGAGAUGGGACAAACCAAUUGGAAAUGCCAGCUUUUAUUUAAUUCAGGUCGUGGGAGAUACAGCUUUCAAUAAGAAUGUAACUACAACUUCUGACAUUAUUGAAGGCCUGACACCUGGAAAUUAUUACACCUUUCUUGUCUCUACCUUUGUUGAUAAUAUCCAAGGAAACAGCUCAGCAAUAGCUAACUAUACAAUACCUGAAAUGGUGAAGAACCUGAACACAGAGAAUAUCACCACCACUUCUAUAUCUCUGAGAUGGGACAAACCAAUUGGAAAUGCCAGCUUUUAUUUAAUUCAGGUCGUGGGAGAUACAGCUUUCAAUAAGAAUGUAACUACAACUUCUGACAUUAUUGAAGGCCUGACACCUGGAAAUUAUUACACCUUUCUUGUCUCUACCUUUGUUGAUAAUAUCCAAGGAAACAGCUCAGCAAUAGCUAACUAUACAAUACCUGAAAUGGUGAAGAACCUGAACACAGAGAAUAUCACCACUACUUCUAUAUCUCUGAGAUGGGACAAACCAAUUGGAAAUGCCAGCUUUUAUUUAAUUCAGGUCGUGGGAGAUACAGCUUUCAAUAAGAAUGUAACUACAACUUCUGACAUUAUUGAAGGCCUGACACCUGGAAAUUAUUACACCUUUCUUGUCUCUACGUUUGUUGAUAAUAUCCAAGGAAACAGCUCAGCAAUAGUUAACUAUACAAUACCUGAAAUGGUGAAGAACCUGAACACAGAGAAUACCACCACCACUUCUAUAUCUCUGAGAUGGGACAAACCAAUUGGAAAUGCCAGCUUUUAUUUCAUCCAGGUCCUGGGAGAUCCAGCUUUCAAUAAGAAUGUAACUACAACUUCUGACAUUAUUGAAGGCCUGACACCUGGAAAUUAUUACACCUUUCUCGUCUCUACCUUUGUUGAUAAUAUCCAAGGAAACAGCUCAGUAAUAGCUAACUAUACAAUACCUGAAAUGGUGAAGAACCUGAACACAGAGAAUAUCACCACCACUUCUAUAUCUCUGAGAUGGGACAAACCAAUUGGAAAUGCCAGCUUUUAUUUCAUUCAGGUCCUGGGAGAUCCAGCUUUCAAUAAGAAUGUAACUACAACUUCUGACAUUAUUGAAGGCCUGACACCUGGAAAUUAUUACACCUUUCUCGUCUCUACCUUUGUUGAUAAUAUCCAAGGAAACAGCUCAGUAAUAGCUAACUAUACAAUACCUGAAAUGGUGAAGAACCUGAACACAGAGAAUAUCACCACUACUUCUAUAUCUCUGAGAUGGGACAAACCAAUUGGAAAUGCCAGCUUUUAUUUAAUUCAGGUCGUGGGAGAUACAGCUUUCAAUAAGAAUGUAACUACAACUUCUGACAUUAUUGAAGGCCUGACACCUGGAAAUUAUUACACCUUUCUUGUCUCUACCUUUGUUGAUAAUAUCCAAGGAAACAGCUCAGCAAUAGCUAACUAUACAAUACCUGAAAUGGUGAAGAACCUGAACACAGAGAAUACCACCACCACUUCUAUAUCUCUGAGAUGGGACAAACCAAUUGGAAAUGCCAGCUUUUAUUUCAUCCAGGUCCUGGGAGAUCCAGCUUUCAAUAAGAAUGUAACUACAACUUCUGACAUUAUUGAAGGCCUGACACCUGGAAAUUAUUACACCUUUCUUGUCUCUACGUUUGUUGAUAAUAUCCAAGGAAACAGCUCAGCAAUAGUUAACUAUACAAUACCUGAAAUGGUGAAGAACCUGAACACAGAGAAUAUCACCACCACUUCUAUAUCUCUGAGAUGGGACAAACCAAUUGGAAAUGCCAGCUUUUAUUUCAUUCAGGUCCUGGGAGAUCCAGCUUUCAAUAAGAAUGUAACUACAACUUCUGACAUUAUUGAAGGCCUGACACCUGGAAAUUAUUACACCUUUCUCGUCUCUACCUUUGUUGAUAAUAUCCAAGGAAACAGCUCAGUAAUAGCUAACUAUACAAUACCUGAAAUGGUGAAGAACCUGAACACAGAGAAUAUCACCACUACUUCUAUAUCUCUGAGAUGGGACAAACCAAUUGGAAAUGCCAGCUUUUAUUUAAUUCAGGUCGUGGGAGAUACAGCUUUCAAUAAGAAUGUAACUACAACUUCUGACAUUAUUGAAGGCCUGACACCUGGAAAUUAUUACACCUUUCUUGUCUCUACCUUUGUUGAUAAUAUCCAAGGAAACAGCUCAGCAAUAGCUAACUAUACAAUACCUGAAAUGGUGAAGAACCUGAACACAGAGAAUAUCACCACCACUUCUAUAUCUCUGAGAUGGGACAAACCAAUUGGAAAUGCCAGCUUUUAUUUCAUUCAGGUCCUGGGAGAUCCAGCUUUCAAUAAGAAUGUAACUACAACUUCUGACAUUAUUGAAGGCCUGACACCUGGAAAUUAUUACACCUUUCUCGUCUCUACCUUUGUUGAUAAUAUCCAAGGAAACAGCUCAGUAAUAGCUAACUAUACAAUACCUGAAAUAGUGAAGAACCUGAACACAGAGAAUAUCACCACCACUUCUAUAUCUCUGAGAUGGGACAAACCAAUUGGAAAUGCCAGCUUUUAUUUCAUUCAGGUCCUGGGAGAUACAGCUUUCAAUAAGAAUGUAACUACAACUUCUGACAUUAUUGAAGGCCUGACACCUGGAAAUUAUUACACCUUUCUUGUCUCUACCUUUGUUGAUAAUAUCCAAGGAAACAGCUCAGCAAUAGCUAACUAUACAAUACCUGAAAUGGUGAAGAACCUGAACACAGAGAAUAUCACCACCACUUCUAUAUCUCUGAGAUGGGACAAACCAAUUGGAAAUGCCAGCUUUUAUUUCAUUCAGGUCCUGGGAGAUACAGCUUUCAAUAAGAAUGUAACUACAACUUCUGACAUUAUUGAAGGCCUGACACCUGGAAAUUAUUACACCUUUCUCGUCUCUACCUUUGUUGAUAAUAUCCAAGGAAACAGCUCAGCAAUAGCUAACUAUACAAUACCUGAAAUGGUGAAGAACCUGAACACAGAGAAUAUCACCACCACUUCUAUAUCUCUGAGAUGGGACAAACCAAUUGGAAAUGCCAGCUUUUAUUUCAUCCAGGUCCUGGGAGAUCCAGCUUUCAAUAAGAAUGUAACUACAACUUCUGACAUUAUUGAAGGCCUGACACCUGGAAAUUAUUACACCUUUCUUGUCUCUACCUUUGUUGAUAAUAUCCAAGGAAACAGCUCAGCAAUAGCUAACUAUACAAUACCUGAAAUGGUGAAGAACCUGAACACAGAGAAUAUCACCACCACUUCUAUAUCUCUGAGAUGGGACAAACCAAUUGGAAAUGCCAGCUUUUAUUUCAUUCAGGUCCUGGGAGAUCCAGCUUUCAAUAAGAAUGUAACUACAACUUCUGACAUUAUUGAAGGCCUGACACCUGGAAAUUAUUACACCUUUCUCGUCUCUACCUUUGUUGAUAAUAUCCAAGGAAACAGCUCAGUAAUAGCUAACUAUACAAUACCUGAAAUGGUGAAGAACCUGAACACAGAGAAUAUCACCACUACUUCUAUAUCUCUGAGAUGGGACAAACCAAUUGGAAAUGCCAGCUUUUAUUUAAUUCAGGUCGUGGGAGAUACAGCUUUCAAUAAGAAUGUAACUACAACUUCUGACAUUAUUGAAGGCCUGACACCUGGAAAUUAUUACACCUUUCUUGUCUCUACCUUUGUUGAUAAUAUCCAAGGAAACAGCUCAGCAAUAGCUAACUAUACAAUACCUGAAAUGGUGAAGAACCUGAACACAGAGAAUAUCACCACCACUUCUAUAUCUCUGAGAUGGGACAAACCAAUUGGAAAUGCCAGCUUUUAUUUCAUUCAGGUCCUGGGAGAUCCAGCUUUCAAUAAGAAUGUAACUACAACUUCUGACAUUAUUGAAGGCCUGACACCUGGAAAUUAUUACACCUUUCUCGUCUCUACCUUUGUUGAUAAUAUCCAAGGAAACAGCUCAGCAAUAGCUAACUAUACAAUACCUGAAAUGGUGAAGAACCUGAACACAGAGAAUAUCACCACUACUUCUAUAUCUCUGAGAUGGGACAAACCAAUUGGAAAUGCCAGCUUUUAUUUAAUUCAGGUCGUGGGAGAUACAGCUUUCAAUAAAAAUGUAACUACAACUUCUGACAUUAUUGAAGGCCUGACACCUGGAAAUUAUUACACCUUUCUUGUCUCUACCUUUGUUGAUAAUAUCCAAGGAAACAGCUCAGCAAUAGCUAACUAUACAAUACCUGAAAUGGUGAAGAACCUGAACACAGAGAAUAUCACCACCACUUCUAUAUCUCUGAGAUGGGACAAACCAAUUGGAAAUGCCAGCUUUUAUUUCAUUCAGGUCCUGGGAGAUCCAGCUUUCAAUAAGAAUGUAACUACAACUUCUGACAUUAUUGAAGGCCUGACACCUGGAAAUUAUUACACCUUUCUCGUCUCUACCUUUGUUGAUAAUAUCCAAGGAAACAGCUCAGUAAUAGCUAACUAUACAAUACCUGAAAUGGUGAAGAACCUGAACACAGAGAAUAUCACCACUACUUCUAUAUCUCUGAGAUGGGACAAACCAAUUGGAAAUGCCAGCUUUUAUUUAAUUCAGGUCGUGGGAGAUACAGCUUUCAAUAAAAAUGUAACUACAACUUCUGACAUUAUUGAAGGCCUGACACCUGGAAAUUAUUACACCUUUCUUGUCUCUACCUUUGUUGAUAAUAUCCAAGGAAACAGCUCAGCAAUAGCUAACUAUACAAUACCUGAAAUGGUGAAGAACCUGAACACAGAGAAUACCACCACCACUUCUAUAUCUCUGAGAUGGGACAAACCAAUUGGAAAUGCCAGCUUUUAUUUCAUCCAGGUCCUGGGAGAUCCAGCUUUCAAUAAGAAUGUAACUACAACUUCUGACAUUAUUGAAGGCCUGACACCUGGAAAUUAUUACACCUUUCUUGUCUCUACGUUUGUUGAUAAUAUCCAAGGAAACAGCUCAGCAAUAGCUAACUAUACAAUACCUGAAAUGGUGAAGAACCUGAACACAGAGAAUAUCACCACCACUUCUAUAUCUCUGAGAUGGGACAAACCAAUUGGAAAUGCCAGCUUUUAUUUCAUUCAGGUCCUGGGAGAUCCAGCUUUCAAUAAGAAUGUAACUACAACUUCUGACAUUAUUGAAGGCCUGACACCUGGAAAUUAUUACACCUUUCUCGUCUCUACCUUUGUUGAUAAUAUCCAAGGAAACAGCUCAGCAAUAGCUAACUAUACAAUACCUGAAAUGGUGAAGAACCUGAACACAGAGAAUACCACCACCACUUCUAUAUCUCUGAGAUGGGACAAACCAAAUGGAAAUGCCAGCUUUUAUUUCAUUCAGGUCGUGGGAGAUACAGCUUUCAAUAAGAAUGUAACUACAACUUCUGACAUUAUUGAAGGCCUGACACCUGGAAAUUAUUACACCUUUCUUGUCUCUACCUUUGUUGAUAAUAUCCAAGGAAACAGCUCAGCAAUAGCUAAUUAUACAAUACCUGAAAUUGUGAAGAACCUGAACACUGAGAAUAUCACCACCACUUCUAUAUCUCUGAGAUGGGACAAACCAAAUGGAAAUGCCAGCUUUUAUUUCAUUCAGGUCCUGGGAGAGCCAGCUUUUAAUAAGAAUGUAACUACAACUUCUGAGAUUAUUGAAGGCCUGACACCUGGAAAUUAUUACACCUUCCUUGUCUCUCCCUUUGUUGAUACUAUCCAAGGCAACAGCUCAGUAAUAGCUAACUAUACAAAGCCUGGAGUAAUAAAGAAUCUGGUCCCUGAUGUCAACACCUCCUCUAUAUCUCUAAGAUGGGAGAUACCAGAUGGAAAUGUCAGUUAUUAUUCUGUGCAGAUUCUAGGAGAGCCAACAAUAAGUAUAAACGUAUCUGUGACUUUGGCUAAUCUUGAUGGCCUGAUAGCUGGAAAUUAUUACACAGUUGUCAUCUAUGUUAUAGUUGAGGGUGAUGCUAUCCCUGGAGAAAAGUAUGAAAUACAAGUGUACACAAAACCUGGUAUGGUGAAAAAUGUCCUAAUUACCAAUGCAACUACUGAAUCUGUUGACUUGAGUUGGCUUCCACCAGACGGUAAUUACAGCUACUAUAUAAUAGAGGUGCCUGAAGGUAUAUUCCCAAACACGACAACCUCACAGUCCAUUUCCAUACAAGGACUGACACCAGGAAAGCGAUACAAUGUCCAAAUAAUAGCAGUCACUGGGCCAGAUGUGCAAGGAGAAGCCAACAUUACAGCCACUUAUACAAGGCCAGGAAUGGUUUAUGGUAUUAUACCAUUUGUGAUCCAAACGUCUUCUGUGCAUCUGGCGUGGCAGCCACCAGCGCUGGGAGCGUGGUCCUAUUAUGUGAUAAGAAUGCAGGAGAAUUCCACAUUGUAUUUGACAACAAAUAAUGAGAAUAUUCUAAUUAGUGAAUUGAUUCCAGGGAACAAUUACACUUUCCUUAUCUCGGUUCAAUAUUUUGUCUUGGAGAGCGCACAACAGUUAAUUUCUUUGUACACAAAACCUGCUGCUGUCAUCAAUAUGAAAGCCUCAAGGAUCAACAGCACUGCAAUAUACGUUAGCUGGCAGCUCCCAGAAGGCAACAAAAGUUACUAUCAAGUAGAUGUGGUUGGAGAUCCAGCUCAAAGUUCCAAUGUCACAACAGAAUCAGCAUCUGUAACUAACCUGACCAUUGGGAACCCAUACACUGUGAACGUCGCUGCAGUUGCAGCUAAUGGUCUACUAGGGGAAAGCAGUCAUAUUUCUGUAGCAGUAUCGGAUGUCUUCAGUGUGACCAUUAUUUACUCCACCUCUAUCCAGCUGAAUUGGGAUAUAUAUGCUGUUAAGAAUGCAACUUACAUCAUCUCUGUCAGUGGAGAACCAUCCACCUACAAGACUUUGAAUACCACUGAAAUACAGAUUUAUAAUCUGACAGCGGGAAACUGUUACACAUUUGCAAUCUCUGCAUCCUUAAAUACAUUUUUCCUGUACGGUUAUGGUGGUGAAAUCACUUUGUGCACACGACCUGGACCAGUCAAGCAAGUGCUUCCGGAAAAUAUAACAACCAGCUCUGUUGAUAUAAGUUGGCUACCUCCAGAUGGAAAUCACAGCUACUAUCAGGUUCAAGUUACAGGAAAUACCUAUGCAAACCAGACAGUAUCACAGUCAUGGUCUGUUCAAGGACUGACACCUGGAAACCAAUACACAAUUAAUAUCAAUGCUGUAAAUGGACAGGAUAUGCCAGGAAUUUCUUCACAAGUGACUAUUACUACUAAACCAGAAAAGGUGAAGAACCUGACAAUAUUCACCACCACAGACACUUCUGUAACUCUGAGUUGGCAGCCACCAGAUGGAAGCAUAAGCUCAUAUCUCAUUAAUAUCCAGCAAAAUGAAACCUAUAAUCAAACAACCAACCUGAACACUUUUACAGUUAAUGAUUUGACCCCUGGGACUUACUACAAUUUCACAGUCUCAGCUUUGGCUGGUUUCGAUACUGUAAGAGGAGAAAGUGUGUUGUUUGCAGGCUAUACACCACCUGGAAUAGUAAAGAACCUGAUAAAUGAAAAUAUCACCACCACUUCUAUAUCUCUGAGAUGGGACAAACCAAUUGAAAAUGCCAGCUUUUAUUUCAUCCAGGUCCUGGGAGAUCCAGCUUUUACUAAGAAUGUAACUACAACUUCUGACAUUGUUGAAGGCCUGACACCUGGAAAUUAUUACACCUUUCUUGUCUCUACCUUUGUUGAUAAUAUCCAAGGCAACAGCUCAGUAAUAGCUAACUAUACAAUACCUGAAAUGGUGAAGAACCUGAACACAGAGAAUAUCACCACCACUUCUAUAUCUCUGAGAUGGGACGAACCAAUUGGAAAUGCCAGCUUUUAUUUCAUCCAGAUCCUGGGAGAUCCAGCUUUCAAUAAGAAUGUAACUACAACUUCUGACAUUAUUGAAGGCCUGACACCUGGAAAUUAUUACACCUUUCUUGUCUCUACCUUUGUUGAUAAUAUCCAAGGAAACAGCUCAGCAAUAGCUAACUAUACAAUACCUGAAAUAGUGAAGAACCUGAACACAGAGAAUAUAACAACCAGUUCUAUAUCUCUGAGAUGGGACAAACCAAUUGGAAAUGCCAGCUUUUAUUUCAUCCAGGUCCUGGGAGAUCCAGCUUUUAAUAAGAAUGUAACUACAACUUCUGACAUUAUUGAAGGCCUGACACCUGGAAAUUAUUACACCUUCCUUGUCUCUACCUUUGUUGAUAAUAUCCAAGGCAACAGCUCAGUAAUAGCUAAUUAUACAAUACCUGAAAUGGUGAGGAACCUGAACACAGAGAAUAUCACCACCACUUCUAUAUCUCUGAGAUGGGACAAACCAAAUGGAAAUGCCAGCUUUUAUUUCAUUCAGGUCCUGGGAGAGCAAACUUUCAAUAAGAAUGUAACUACAACUUCAGACAUUAUUGAAGGCCUGACACCUGGAAAUUAUUACACCUUUAUUGUCUCUACCUUUGUUGAUAAUAUCCAAGGCAACAGCUCAGCAAUAGCUAACUAUACAAUACCUGAAAUCGUGAAGAACCUGAACACAGAGAAUAUCACCACUACUUCUAUAUCUCUGAGAUGGGACAAACCAAUUGGAAAUGCCAGCUUUUAUUUCAUCCAGAUCCUGGGAGAUCCAGCUUUCAAUAAGAAUGUAACUACAACUUCUGACAUUAUUGAAGGCCUGACACCUGGAAAUUAUUACACCUUUCUUGUCUCUACCUUUGUUGAUAAUAUCCAAGGAAACAGCUCAGCAAUAGCUAACUAUACAAUACCUGAAAUGGUGAAGAACCUGAACACAGAGAAUAUCACCACCACUUCUAUAUCUCUGAGAUGGGACAAACCAAAUGGAAAUGCCAGCUUUUAUUUCAUCCAGGUCCUGGGAGAUCCAGCUUUCAAUAAGAAUGUAACUACAACUUCUGACAUUAUUGAAGGCCUGACACCUGGAAAUUAUUACAUCUUUCUUGUCUCUACCUUUGUUGAUAAUAUCCAAGGCAACAGCUCAGCAAUAGCUAACUAUACAAUACCUGAAAUCGUGAAGGACCUGAACACAGAGAAUAUCACCACCACUUCUAUAUCUCUGAGAUGGGACAAACCAAUUGGAAAUGCCAGCUUUUAUGUCAUCCAGAUCGUGGGAGAGCCAGCUUUCAAUAAGAAUGUAACUACAACUUCUGACAUUAUUGAGGGCCUGACACCUGGAAAUUAUUACACCUUUCUUGUCUCUACCUUUGUUGAUAAUAUCCAAGGCAACAGCUCAGUAAUAGCUAACUAUACAAUACCUGAAAUGGUGAAGAACCUGAACACAGAGAAUACCACCACCACUUCUAUAUCUCUGAGAUGGGACAAACCAAUUGGAAAUGCCAGCUUUUAUUUCAUCCAGGUCCUGGGAGAGCCAACUUUCAAUAAGAAUGUAACUACAACUUCUGACAUUAUUGAAGGCCUGACACCUGGAAAUUAUUACACCUUUCUUGUCUCUACCUUUGUUGAUAAUAUCCAAGGCAACAGCUCAGCAAUAGCUAACUAUACAAUACCUGAAAUUGUGAAGAACCUGAACACAGAGAAUAUCACCACCACUUCUAUAUCUCUGAGAUGGGACAAACCGAUUGGAAAUGCCAGAUUUUAUUUAAUUCAGGUCGUGGGAGAUCCAGCUUUCAAUAAGAAUGUAACUACAACUUCUGACAUUAUUGAAGGCCUGACACCUGGAAAUUAUUACACCUUUCUUGUCUCUACCUUUGUUGAUAAUAUCCAAGGAAACAGCUCAGCAAUAGCUAACUAUACAAUACCUGCAAUGAUGAAGAACCUGAACACAGAGAAUAUCACCACCACUUCUAUAUCUCUGAGAUGGGACAAACCAAUUGGAAAUGCCAGCUUUUAUUUCAUUCAGGUCCUGGGAGAACCUGCUUUCAAUAAGAAUGUAACUACAACUUCUGACAUUAUUGAAGGCCUGACACCUGGAAAUUAUUACACCUUUCUUGUCUCUACCUUUGUUGAUAAUAUCCAAGGCAACAGUUCAGUAAUAGCUAACUAUACAAUACCUGAAAUGGUGAAGAACCUGAACACAGAGAAUAUCACCACCACUUCUAUAUCUCUGAGAUGGGACAAACCAAUUGGAAAUGCCAGCUUUUAUUUCAUUCAGAUCCUGGGAGAGCCAGCUUUCGAUAAGAAUGUAACUACAACUUCUGACAUUAUUGAAGGCCUGACACCUGGAAAUGAUUACACCUUUAUUGUCUCUACCUUUGUUGAUAAUAUCCAAGGCAACAGCUCAGCAAUAGCUAACUAUACAAUACCUGAAAUGGUGAAGAACCUGAACACAGAGAAUAUCACCACCACUUCUAUAUCUCUGAGAUGGGACAAACCAAUUGGAAAUGCCAGCUUUUAUUUCAUCCAGAUCCUGGGAGAUCCAGCUUUCAAUAAGAAUGUAACUACAACUUCUGACAUUAUUGAAGGCCUGACACCUGGAAAUUAUUACACCUUCCUUGUCUCUACCUUUGUUGAUAACAUCCAAGGAAACAGCUCAGUAAUAGCUAACUAUACAAUACCUGAGGUUGUGAAGAACCUGAACACAGAGAAUAUCAACACCACUUCUAUAUCUCUGAGAUGGGACAAACCAAUUGGAAAUGCCAGCUUUUAUUUCAUCCAGGUCCUGGGAGAUCCAGCUUUCAAUAAGAAUGUAACUACAACUUCUGAGAUGAUUGAAGGCCUGACACCUGGAAAUUAUUACACCUUUCUUGUCUCUACCUUUGUUGAUAAUAUUCAAGGCAACAGCUCAGCAAUAGCUAACUAUACAAUACCUGAAAUCGUGAAGAACCUGAACACAGAGAAUAUCACCACCACUUCUAUAUCUCUGAGAUGGGACGAACCAAUUGGAAAUGCCAGCUUUUAUUUCAUCCAGGUCCUGGGAGAUCCAGCUUUCAAUAAGAAUGUAACUACAACUUCUGACAUUAUUGAAGGCCUGACACCUGGAAAUUAUUACACCUUCCUUGUCUCUACCUUUGUUGAUAACAUCCAAGGAAACAGCUCAGUAAUAGCUAACUAUACAAUACCUGAGGUUGUGAAGAACCUGAACACAGAGAAUAUCAACACCACUUCUAUAUCUCUGAGAUGGGACAAACCAAAUGGAAAUACCAGCUUUUAUUUCAUCCAGGUCCUGGGAGAUCCAGCUUUCAAUAAGAAUGUAACUACAACUUCUGAGAUUAUUGAAGGCCUGACACCUGGAAAUUAUUACACCUUUCUUGUCUCUACCUUUGUUGAUAAUAUUCAAGGAAACAGCUCAGCAAUAGCUAACUAUACAAUACCUGAAAUGGUGAAGAACCUGAACACAGAGAAUAUCACCACCACUUCUAUAUCUCUGAGAUGGGACGAACCAAUUGGAAAUGCCAGCUUUUAUUUCAUCCAGGUCCUGGGAGAUCCAGCUUUCAAUAAGAAUGUAACUACAACUUCUGACAUUAUUGAAGGCCUGACACCUGGAAAUUAUUACACCUUUCUUGUCUCUACCUUUGUUGAUAAUAUUCAAGGCAACAGCUCAGCAAUAGCUAACUAUACAAUACCUGAAAUCGUGAAGAACCUGAACACAGAGAAUAUCACCACCACUUCUAUAUCUCUGAGAUGGGACAAACCAAAUGGAAAUGCCAGCUUUUAUUUCAUUCAGGUCCUGGGAGAGCCAACUUUCAAUAAGAAUGUAACUACAACUUCUGAGAUUAUUGAAGGCCUGACACCUGGAAAUUAUUACACCUUUCUUGUCUCUACCUUUGUUGAUAAUAUCCAAGGCAACAGCUCAGCAAUAGCUAACUAUACAAUACCUGAAAUCGUGAAGAACCUGAACACAGAGAAUAUCACCACCACUUCUAUAUCUCUGAGAUGGGACAAACCAAAUGGAAAUGCCAGUCUUUAUUUCAUUCAGAUCCUGGGAGAUCCAGCUUUCAAUAAGAAUGUAACUACAACUUCUGACAUUAUUGAAGGCCUGACACCUGGAAAUUAUUACACCUUUCUUGUCUCUACCUUUGUUGAUAAUAUCCAAGGCAACAGCUCAGCAAUAGCUAACUAUACAAUACCUGAAAUCGUGAAGAACCUGAACACAGAGAAUAUCACCACCACUUCUAUAUCUCUGAGAUGGGACAAACCAAAUGGAAAUGCCAGCUUUUAUUUCAUUCAGAUCCUGGGAGAUCCAGCUUUCAAUAAGAAUGUAACUACAACUUCUGACAUUAUUGAAGGCCUGACACCUGGAAAUUAUUACACCUUUCUUGUCUCUACCUUUGUUGAUAAUAUCCAAGGCAACAGCUCAGCAAUAGCUAACUAUACAAUACCUGAAAUCGUGAAGAACCUGAACACAGAGAAUAUCACCACCACUUCGAUAUCUCUGAGAUGGGACAAACCAAUUGGAAAUGCCAGUUUUUAUUUCAUUCAGAUCCUGGGAGAGCCAGCUUUUACUAAGAAUGUAACUACAACUUCUGACAUUAUUGAAGGCCUGACACCUGGAAAUUAUUACACCUUUCUUGUCUCUACCUUUGUUGAUAAUAUCCAAGGCAGCAGCUCAGCAAUAGCUAACUAUACAAAGCCUGGAGUAAUAAAGAAUCUGGUCCCCGAUGUCAACACCUCCUCUAUAUCUCUAAGAUGGGAGAUACCAGAUGGAAAUGUCAGUUAUUAUUCUGUGCAGAUUCUAGGAGAGCCAACAAUAAGUAUAAACGUAUCUGUAACUUUGGCUAAUCUUGAUGGCCUGAUAGCUGGAAAUUAUUACACAGUUCUCAUCUAUGUUAUAGUUGAGGGUGAUGUUAUCCCUGGAGAAAAGUAUGAAAUACAAGUGUACACAAAACCUGGUAUGGUGAAAAAUGUCCUAAUUACCAAUGUAACUACUGAAUCUGUUGACUUGAGUUGGCUUCCACCAGACGGUAAUUACAGCUACUAUAUAAUAGAGGUGCCUGAAGGUAUAUUCCCAAACACGACAACCUCACAGUCCAUUUCCAUACAAGGACUGACACCAGGAAAGCGAUACAAUGUCCAAAUAAUAGCAGUCACUGGGCCAGAUGUGCAAGGAGAAGCCAACAUUACAGCCACUUAUACAAGGCCAGGAAUGGUUUAUGGUAUUAUACCAUUUGAGGUCCAAACGUCUUCUGUGCAUCUGACGUGGCAGCCACCAGCGCUGGGAGCGUGGUCCUAUUAUGUGAUAAGAAUGCAGGAGAAUUCCACAUUGUAUUUGACAACAAGUAAUGAGAAUAUUCUAAUUAGUGAAUUGAUUCCAGGGAGCAAUUACACUUUCCUUAUCUCGGUUCAAUAUUUUGACUUGGAGAGCGCACAACAGUUCAUUUCUUUGUACACAAAACCUGCUGCUGUCAUCAAUAUGAAAGCCUCAAGGAUCAACAGCACUGCAAUAUACGUUAGCUGGCAGCUCCCAGAAGGCAACAAAAGUUACUAUCAAGUAGAUGUGGUUGGAGAUCCAGCUCAAAGUUCCAAUGUCACAACAGAAUCAGCAUCUGUAACUAACCUGACCAUUGGGAACCCAUACACUGUGAACGUCGCUGCAGUUGCAGCUAAUGGUCUACUAGGGGAAAGCAGUCAUAUUUCUGUAGCAGUGUCAAAUGUCUUCAGUGUGACCAUUAUUUACUCCACCUCUAUCCAGCUGAAUUGGGAUAUAUAUGCUGUUAAGAAUGCAACUUACAUCAUCUCUGUCAGUGGAGAACCAUCCACCUACAAGACUUUGAAUACCACUGAAAUACAGAUUUAUAAUCUGACAGAGGGAAACUGUUACACAUUUGCAAUCUCUGCAUCCUUAAAUAAAUUUUUCCUGUACGGUUAUGGUGGUGAAAUCACUUUGUGCACACGACCUGGACCAGUCAAGCAAGUGCUUCCGGAAAAUAUAACAACCAGCUCUGUUGAUAUAAGUUGGCUACCUCCAGAUGGAAAUCACAGCUACUAUCAGGUUCAAGUUACAGGAAAUACCUAUGCAAACCAGACAGUAUCACAGUCAUGGUCUGUUCAAGGACUGACACCUGGAAACCAAUACACAAUUAAUAUCAAUGCUGUAAAUGGACAGGAUAUGACAGGAAAUUCUUCACAAGUGACUAUUACUACUAAACCAGAAAAGGUGAAGAACCUGACAGUAUUUACUACCACGGACACUUCUGUAACUUUGAGCUGGCAGCCACCAGAUGGAAGCAUAAGCUCAUAUCUCAUUAAUAUCCAGCAAAAUGAAACCUAUAAUCAAACAACCAACCUGAACACUUUUACAGUUAAUGAUUUGACCCCUGGGACUUACUACAAUUUCACAGUUUCAGCUUUGGCUGGCUUCGAUACUGUAAGAGGAGAAAGUGUAUUGUCUGCAGGCUAUACACUACCUGAAAUCGUGAAGAACCUGAACACAGAGAAUAUCACCACCACUUCUAUAUCUCUGAGAUGGGACAAACCAAAUGGAAAUGCCAGCUUUUAUUUCAUCCAGGUCCUGGGAGAUCCAGCUUUUAAUAAGAAUGUAACUACAACUUCUGACAUUAUUGAAGGCCUGACACCUGGAAAUUAUUACACCUUUCUUGUCUCUACCUUUGUUGAUAAUAUCCAAGGCAACAGCUCAGCAAUAGCUAACUAUACAAUACCUGAAAUCGUGAAGAACCUGAACACAGGGAAUAUCACCACCACUUCUAUAUCUCUGAGAUGGGAUAAACCAAAUGGAAAUGCCAGCUUUUAUUUCAUUCAGAUCCUGGGAGAUCCAACUUUCAAUAAGAAUGUAACUACAACUUCUGACAUUAUUGAAGGCCUGACACCUGGAAAUUAUUACACCUUCCUUGUCUCUACCUUUGUUGAUAAUAUCCAAGGCAACAGCUCAGUAAUAGCUAACUAUACAAUACCUGAAAUGGUGAAGAACCUGAACACAGAGAAUAUCACCACCACUUCUAUAUCUCUGAGAUGGGACAAACCAAUUGGAAAUGCCAGCUUUUAUUUCAUUCAGAUCCUGGGAGAGCCAGCUUUCAAUAAGAAUGUAACUACAACUUCUGACACUAUUGAAGGCCUGACACCUGGAAAUUAUUACACCUUUCUCGUCUCUACCUUUGUUGAUAAUAUCCAAGGCAACAGCUCAGUAAUAGCUAACUAUACAAUACCUGAAAUUGUGAAGAACCUGAACACAGAGAAUAUCACCACCACUUCUAUAUCUCUGAGAUGGGACAAACCAAAUGGAAAUGCCAGCCUUUAUUUCAUUCAGAUCCUGGGAGAGACAGCUUUCAAUAAGAAUGUAACUACAACUUCUGAUAUUAUUGAAGGCCUGACACCUGGAAAUUAUUACACCUUUCUUGUCUCUACCUUUGUUGAUAAUAUCCAAGGCAACACCUCAGCAAUAGCUAACUAUACAAUACCUGAAAUUGUGAAGAACCUGAACACAGAGAAUAUCACCACCACUUCUAUAUCUCUGAGAUGGGACAAACCAAUUGGAAAUGCCAGCUUUUAUUUCAUCCAGAUCCUGGGAGAGCCAGCUUUUAAUAAGAAUGUAACUACAACUUCGGACAUUAUUGAAGGCCUGACACCUGGAAAUUAUUACACCUUUAUUGUCUCUACCUUUGUUGAUAAUAUCCAAGGCAACAGCUCAGUAAUAGCUAACUAUACAAUACCUGAAAUGGUGAAGAACCUGAACACAGAGCAUAUCACCACCACUUCUAUAUCUCUGAGAUGGGACAAACCAAAUGGAAAUGCCAGCUUUUAUUUCAUUCGGAUCCUGGGAGAGCCAGCUUUCAAUAAGAAUGUAACUACAACUUCUGACAUUAUUGAAGGCCUGACACCUGGAAAUUAUUACACCUUUCUUGUCUCUACCUUUGUUGAUAAUAUCCAAGGCAACAGCUCAGCAAUAGCUAACUAUACAAUACCUGAAAUCGUGAAGAACCUGAACACAGAGAAUAUUACCACCAAUUCUAUAUCUCUGAGAUGGGAUAAACCAAAUGGAAAAGCCAGCUUUUAUUUCAUUCAGAUCCUGGGAGAGCCAACUUUCAAUAAGAAUGUAACUAGAAAUUCUGACAUUAUUGAAGGCCUGACACCGGGAAAUUAUUACAGCUUCCUUGUCUCUACCUUUGUUGAUAAUAUCCAAGGCAACAGCUCAGUAAUAGCUAACUAUACAAUACCUGAAAUGGUGAAGAACCUGAACACAGAGAAUAUCACCACCACUUCUAUAUCUCUGAGAUGGGACAAACCAAAUGGAAAUGCCAGCUUUUAUUUCAUUCAGAUCCUGGGAGAGCCAGCUUUUAAUAAGAAUGUAACUACAACUUCUGACAUUAUUGAAGGCCUGACACCUGGAAAUUAUUACACCUUUAUUGUCUCUACCUUUGUUGAUAAUAUCCAAGGAAACAGCUCAGCAAUAGCUAACUAUACAAUACCUGAAAUGGUGAAGAACCUGAACACAGAGAAUAUCACCACCACUUCUAUAUCUCUGAGAUGGGACAAACCAAUUGGAAAUGCCAGCUUUUAUUUCAUUCAGAUCCUGGGAGAGCCAACAUUCAAUAAGAAUGUAACUUCAACUUCUGACAUUAUAGAAGGCCUGACACCUGGAAAUUAUUACACUUUUAUUGUCUCUACCUUUGUUGAUAAUAUCCAAGGCAACAGCUCAGCAAUAGCUAACUAUACAAUACCUGAAAUCGUGAAGAACCUGAACAUCGAGAAUAUCACCACCGAUUCUAUAUCUCUGAGAUGGGAUAAACCAAUUGGAAAUGCCAGCUUUUAUUUCAUUCAGAUCCUGGGAGAGCCAAGUUUUAAUAAGAAUGUAACUAGAAAUUCUGACAUUAUUGAAGGCCUGACACCUGGAAAUUAUUACACCUUCCUUGUCUCUACCUUUGUUGAUAAUAUCCAAGGCAACAGCUCAGUAAUAGCUAACUAUACAAUACCUGAAAUGGUGAAGAACCUGAACACAGAGAAUAUCACCACCACUUCUAUAUCUCUGAGAUGGGACAAACCAAUUGGAAAUGCCAGCUUUUAUUUCACUCAGAUCCUGGGAGAGCCAACAUUCAAUAAGAAUGUAACUUCAACUUCUGACAUUAUAGAAGGCCUGACACCUGGAAAUUAUUACACCUUUCUUGUCUCUACCUUUGUUGAUAAUAUCCAAGGCAACAGCUCAGUAAUAUCUAAUUAUACAAUACCUGAAAUGGUGAAAAACCUGAACACAGAGAAUAUCACCACCACUUCUAUAUCUCUGAGAUGGGACAAACCAAUUGGAAAUGCCAGCUUUUAUUUCAUCCAGGUCCUGGGAGAUCCAGCUUUUAAUAAGAAUGUAACUACAACUUCUGACAUUAUUGAAGGCCUGACACCUGGAAAUUAUUACACCUUUAUUGUCUCUACCUUUGUUGAUAAUAUCCAAGGAAACAGCUCAGCAAUAGCUAACUAUACAAUACCUGAAAUGGUGAAGAACCUGAACACAGAGAAUAUCACCACCACUUCUAUAUCUCUGAGAUGGGACAAACCAAUUGGAAAUGCCAGCUUUUAUUUCAUUCAGAUCCUGGGAGAGCCAACUUUCAAUAAGAAUGUAACUACAACUUCGGACAUUAUUGAAGGCCUGACACCUGGAAAUUAUUACACCUUUCUUGUCUCUACCUUUGUUGAUAAUAUCCAAGGAAACAGCUCAGUAAUAGCUAACUAUACAAUACCUGAAAUUGUGAAGAACCUGAUCACAGAGAAUAUCAACACCACUUCUAUAUCUCUGAGAUGGGACAAACCAAUUGGAAAUGCCAGCUUUUAUUUCAUCCAGAUCCUGGGAGAUCCAGCUUUCAAUAAGAAUGUAACUACAACUUCUGACAUUAUUGAAGGCCUGACACCUGGAAAUUAUUACACCUUUAUUGUCUCUACCUUUGUUGAUAAUAUUCAAGGCAGCAGCUCAGUAAUAGCUAAAUAUACAAUACCUGAAAUUGUGAAGAACCUGAACACAGAGAAUAUCAACACCACUUCUAUAUCUCUGAGAUGGGACAAACCAAUUGGAAAUGCCAGCUUUUAUUUCAUCCAGAUCCUGGGAGAGCCAACAUUCAAUAAGAAUGUUACUACAACUUCUGAGAUUAUUGAAGGCCUGACACCUGGAAAUUAUUACACCUUUCUUGUCUCUACCUUUGUUGAUAAUAUUCAAGGCAACAGCUCAGCAAUAGCUAACUAUACAAUACCUGAAAUUGUGAAGAACCUGAACACAGAGAAUAUCACCAACACUUCUAUUUCUCUGAGAUGGGACAAACCAAAUGGAAAUGCCAGAUUUUAUUAUAUUCAGAUCCUGGGAGAGCCAGCUUUUAAUAAGAUUGCAACUACAACUUCUGACAUUAUUGAAGGCCUGACACCUGGAAAUUAUUACACCUUCCUUGUCUCUGCCUUUGUUGAUAAUAUCCAAGGCAGCAGCUCAGUAACAGCUAACUAUACAAUACCUGGGAUUGUGAAGAACCUGAUCACAGAGCAUAUCAACACCACUUCUAUAUCUCUGAGAUGGGACAAACCAAUUGGAAAUGCCAGCUUUUAUUUCAUCCAGGUCUUGGGAGAGCCAGCUAUCAAUAAGAAUGUAACUACAACUUCUGACAUUAUUAAAGGCCUGACACCUGGAAAUUAUUACACCUUUCUUGUCUCUACCUUUGUUGAUAAUAUCCAAGGCAACAGCUCAGCAAUAGCUAACUAUACAAUACCUGAGGUUGUGAAGAACCUGAACACAGAGAAUAUCAACACCACUUCUAUAUCUCUGAGAUGGGACAAACCAAAUGGAAAUGCCAGCUUUUAUUUCAUCCAGGUCCUGGGAGAGCCAGCUAUCAAUAAGAAUGUAACUACAACUUCUGAGAUUAUUGAAGGCCUGACACCUGGAAAUUAUUACACCUUUCUUGUCUCUACCUUUGUUGAUAAUAUCCAAGGAAACAGCUCAGUAAUAGCUAACUAUACAAUACCUGAGGUUGUGAAGAACCUGAACACAGAGAAUAUCAACACCACUUCUAUAUCUCUGAGAUGGGACAAACCAAAUGGAAAUGCCAGCUUUUAUUUCAUCCAGGUCCUGGGAGAGCCAGCUAUCAAUAAGAAUGUAACUACAACUUCUGAGAUUAUUGAAGGCCUGACACCUGGAAAUUAUUACACCUUUCUUGUCUCUACCUUUGUUGAUAAUAUCCAAGGCAACAGCUCAGUAAUAGCUAACUAUACAAUACCUGAGGUUGUGAAGAACCUGAACACAGAGAAUAUCAACACCACUUCUAUAUCCCUGAGAUGGGACAAACCAGAUGGAAAUGUCAGUUCAUAUUACAUCCAGAUCCUGGGAGAUCCAGCUUUUGAUAGGAAUGUGACUACAACCUCUGACACAAUUACGGGCUUGACACCUGGAAAUUAUUAUACCUUCCUGGUCUCUGCUGUUGUUGAUGGUGGUAAUGUAAAGGGAGCUCCCAAUAUUACAUCUGACUACACAAUACCUGAGGUUGUGAAGAACCUGAACACAGAGAAUAUCAACACCACUUCUAUAUCUCUGAGAUGGGAAAAACCAGAUGGAAAUGUCAGUUCAUAUUAUAUCCAGAUCCUGGGAGAUCCAGCUUUUGAUAGGAAUGUGACUACAACCUCUGACACAAUUACGGGCUUGACACCUGGAAAUUAUUAUACCUUCCUGGUCUCUGCUGUUGUUGAUGGUGGUAAUGUAAAGGGAACUCCCAAUAUUACAACUGACUACACAAGACCUGAAAAGGUACAGAGUCUUACAGCUUACAAUAUCAACACCACUUCUGUAUCUCUGAACUGGCUACCACCUACUGGAAAUGCAAGUUCCUACCAGAUCCAGAUCUGGGAAAAUUCAUCUUUCAGCAAAAUUGUGCCCAGUCCCACGACAACUUUUACCAUACAGAAUCUGACACCUGGCAAUUAUUACACCUUCCUGGUCUCUGCCCUUGCUGGAGGAAGCAUAAACGGGAACAGCUCUCUAGUAGUAAAAUACACAAAGCCUGGAACAGUCAAGAACUUGGUCCCACAGAAUAUCACCACAGAUGCAAUAUCUCUGAGCUGGGAGAAACCCGAUGGAAAUGUCAGUUCAUAUAUGAUCCUGAUCAAGGAGAAUUCAACAUUCCAAUUAAUCAUUACAACAAAUUACGUCACUAUUGGGAACUUACAACCUGGAAAUGGUUACACCUUCCUGGUCUUUGCUCUCACUGACAACUCCAGAUUACAGGGAGACAAUGUAUCAACAUUUACUCGAACAAAUUCCCUCAGUUUUAUUGUUUCAAUAAGUUACCAAUCAAGCGUUAGUGAUAGUGACAUCCUAAUCCUUAACCUGAUAAAUGAAAAGCUUAAAACCAAUUUUCCAAAACAGAAUGUGACAGCUGUCAUUAAAAAAGUACGAAAAAUCAGUUAGCAGUAAGACAUCCAAACAUUGGAUACAAUGCCACAAAUGUCUUCAAUGAAGCACUGAAACAUUCUGAAAACUCAGGAAAUCAUGGAAAAUAAAAAAGUAUUUUUUUUUUACUCAGUUUUCCACUUAAGUAUUAAAGGACUUUACAUUUUAUAAAUGAAGCAUAAACUUUUAUUUGGAAUGUCCUGUUUUAUAUUGCUCUACAAAUGAUGUUUGGGCUCCAUGCACACUUUUAAGCUAAAAAAAAACGCUGGAAAGAAUGCUGGAUACAAAACGCUAGUAAUAGCUUUUUGUAGUAGCAUGUUAGAAGGGGUUUAGGAGCAUUAGCGUUUUAGCAGCAUUUUUGCAAUAAAGGUGGGAAAAAAACUCAAAAAAGCUAUUAGUAGACUUUAGGAGCGAUUAAGAGCGUUUCUGCUGGAAAAACGCUCCAGGAAACUCUACAAAAACAUAUUUUUUCUGCUUCUAGACGCUGAAACUCAAAAAACCCUAAUAGCCUAAAGUAGUGUGCAUGAACGUAUAGGAUAGCACUAUUAGGAGCAGAAAAAA